UUUCAUGGACCCGAUAAAUGAAAGCCCAAUAGCCCAUGCAGAAAGAGAUAGCACUGCACCAGAGUGGUUUAGUUAGCCCACAGAUGUAACUGGCGACGUAGGUCGUAACCCUAAAAUAUCCCUUCAUCUCAAUCGAAUUCGUGUCUCAUUUCAUCUCGUUUCGCUCUCAUCAUCCCCACUCAUUUCACUCCCGCGCUUCGAUUUCACAUCACACCUGAUAAUGGCGGAGGAAGAAGUUGCUGCGGCACCCGCUGCUGCCAGUCCCGUUCCCUCCGAUUGCAAGCGCAAGUUCGAAGAUCUCCAUUCCGAACCUACUGAACAACAAUCUCUCGAAUCUAACACAAACACCGGAGAACCCGACGCCGCAGUUACCGACGAGGGCGAGAACAAGCGUCCUCGACUUGACGAUGAGAACCGCGAUGACCUAGCUAAUACUAAUGGACAUCAAGAUGAGAAGGCUGCUGAGCUAGAUAAAGAAACAGAGGAAAAUGCAAUUUCAGAGAAUGUUCCUUCGGAGGAAACUGCCAAAGAACAGGUUUCUAGUGAAAUUGCUGAGUCCUUGGAUGCAGAGAUUCCCGUCGAGGAUGCUAAAGAAAUUCCUGUCGAGGAUGCCAAAGAAAUUCCUGUCGAGGAUGCCAAAGACAUUCCUGUUGAGGACUCUAAAGAGAUUCUAGUUGAGGACUCUGGACAGGAAAAUGACAAGGAGCCAACUAAAGAAACACAAAAACCAUCCGAGGAGUCUACUGAGCAAGAUGCUUCUUCGGGAGACAAACAACCUGAUUCCAGUUCUAUUAACCCCGCCCCUCAAAUUGAGGAGGUUCCUGAUAAUAAGCAAGAUGCUCAUCCUGGGCCUGACACAACGACACGAAAAAUUGAGGUUCCAAAUAAUAAGGUUGGUGUACUCAUCGGCAAAUCUGGUGACACUAUACGGUACCUACAGUAUAAUUCGGGUGCAAAGAUCCAGAUCAUGAGGGAUGCUGAUGCCGAUCCUCACUGUACAACAAGGCCUGUGGAACUAAUAGGUACCGUGGAAAGUAUAGAUAAGGCAGAAAAGCUAAUCAAUGCUGUGAUUGCAGAGGCUGAUGCUGGAGGUUCUCCUGCACUUGUAGCUCGAGGCCUCUCCCCUGCUCAAGCUAUUGUGGGAUCUGAUCAAAUUCAGAUUCAAGUUCCAAAUGAGAAGGUAGGGUUAAUCAUUGGGAAAGGUGGGGAAACAAUUAAGAGCCUGCAGACAAAAACUGGGGCACGCAUCCAGUUGAUACCUCAACAUCUUCCCGAAGGGGAUGUCUCCAAAGAAAGGACUGUCCAAGUGACUGGUGAUAAGAAGCAAAUUGAAAUUGCUCAAGAAAUGAUAAAGGAAGUCUUGAGUCAGCCUGUCAGGUCAUCAUCUGGUGGUUUUGGCCAGCAGGUUUACCGACCUCCUCGAUCAUCUGGUGGUCCCCCCCAGUGGGGUCAGCGAGGUUCAAAUUAUGGCCACCCAACAUCAUAUGACUAUCAGCAUCGCGGGCCAUAUCCUUCUCAUAAUCAACCAUAUGCACCUACUCCUUAUGGAAAUUAUCCUCAGCAUAUGGCUCCAAGGAGCAGUUAUGGUUCUGGUUGGGAGCAAAGGCCUCACCAGAAUUUGCAGGGUCCUCCUUCACACAAUGGUGGUUAUGAUUAUUAUGGUGGACAAGGGGGUCAUUUGUCUGAGGCUCCAGCAUCUGCACAGCAUCCCAGUUCAGUCCCCCAACAUGGCACUGGCCCUUCGCCAUCUAUGGGUCCAUCCCCGGCUCAGAUGAAUUACAAUUAUGGACAGCCUCAGGGCCAGGAUUAUGGCCACCAGACACCUUAUCCCCAAGCAGGACAUCCUCAACAAGGUUAUGGACAAGGGUAUGAUGAAUCAAAAUACGAUAAUCGUGCUCCUGCACAAUAUCCAUACGGAGGACAUGUAAAUUCUCAGCCAACCUACCCUCAGGCCAGUGCUCAAGCGAAUUAUGCACCUCCGCAGCAGUAUGGGAAGCCACCGGUAUAUGGCAUGCCACCUUCACAAGGACAACAUCCACCACAAUCUUAUGGUCAUCCCAGAGCUACUCAACCCGGUGAGAUGCCGUAUCAGGGUUCUACUCCUGCCCAAUCGUAUGGCACAAACAUGGCAAUGCAACAGCCAUAUCCAUAUGCAUCAUCUGGGCCAUCACAAGCAGCAUACCCUACAUAUGGGACUGCACCAGCUGCAGAUGGUUACAGUAACCCGCAGCAGCAGCCUGCAUCUGGACCAGUUUAUGCCCAGCCCGGUGGACAGCCCAGUUAUGGCCAGCCAGGUGCUCAGCCUGUAGCUGGUUAUGCGCAAGCUGGUCCUACUGGUUAUGGAUCAUACCCAUCUUCUCAGCAGACUUACCCUGAACAACCAGCCUCUAACAAUGCAGUUUAUGGCUACCAAACCCCACAGGAUCCUGCUUACAGCAGUGGCGCAGCACAACAGGCAUAUAGUGCAGCACCAACCGCUCAGCCAGGUUAUGCUCAACCCACACCAACUCAAACUGGUUAUGAUCAAUCUAACCCACAACCACAACCACAACCAGCAGGUUAUGCAGCUGUACCAGUGGCAGCAAGUGCUCCUGCUGCGUAUGGCAAGACAGUAUCACCUCAGCCUGCUUAUCCUCAGUAUGACUCCAACCAAGUUUAUGGUGCUCCUCGAUGAUUUGUUUUGGCAUUGUUGGCCAUAUUUUAGUAUUAGCAUGUUCUAGUUCGUUGGCCUCUUUCAGUGUAACUCUUCAUUUUCAUGUAACCUGUACUGCUUUGAAUUGUGGACAUGAAAUUAAAUUUUUUUCUUGAGUUGAAUGUACCAACGUUUAAUUCGAAGGUGGUUUAGGAUGUUGUUUUGACAAAGGCCUUAAAACGAAAAAACUAGACAUAGUUCUGGUUUAUGGAAUCUUGCAACACAUUAUGUAAUAUUAUGCAAUAAA